GCUGAUCUUGUCUAACGUGUUUUUAUUAGUGAGUGUUAUAUGCAUUCUUCGCUAGAGUUUAAGGUAUUUCGGCCGGUAUAAGCCUAAACCCAUAGGACCCACGUCACAGAUAACAUAAUUUAUGACAUUGUAUACGUUAUACCUGUGGUGCUUUCAUCAAAGUACUCGUUUGUACAUACCACUGAUCAUCAUCAUCGUCAACAACAACAACACCACGAACAUAACAAAAAGCAAUAGCACAACGCACAAACACAUCAACACUAAACAACCGUAUAAGCACUUGAUCUUAUUGCUUGGUGCGGCGGCGGCGAGUAAAUGUGAUGCCACCACACACUUAAUGGUGCUGUCGGUUAACUCUAUUAACGUGUUUUAGUCCGUCUUGUUUUUUUUUGCGUAUCAUAACGUGUUUGUUUUUGUGAAUGUAUGCGAAAUUUUUGUGACCGUUUUUGAGCCGUUUUUUCUGAUUUGUGUGAUAUUUUCAUGGUGCAUGGUACACGAUUGUGUGAAAAUGGAAAGUGUUCAAGUUGUAUGAUGGGCAUGGAGCAUUGAUCAAUCCCAAAAAAACUACUGCCACUUAAAGUUGCCAUCGUCCAUUGUUGAUGGGUUGGCUGUUUUUUUUUUUUGUAAGUGGCAAACAGUGAGUGUUAAAUUGUGCUGGUACCUACUGCUUUUUCCAAAUAAUUUCUCAAUAAAAGCUGCUAAUUGUCAUCAUCGCAGAGCAAUUAACCGCGAAAACAACAACAACUGCAACCAAAACCAGCUAACGGCAUAAAAGAUUUUAACCAUAAAUAAAAGGAUACUGGUUAUCUGUUUAAGUGAAAAGUUAAAGAAGAAAUAUCUAACAAUACGAAAAAAAUGCAUGUUCCCAAGUUAUUAAUAAAUCUUUAGAAGAAGAAGAAGCACAAAAAGUAUAGAAAAUAGUUAAAAUAAAGCAUAAGGAAAAUAUCUCCAGUUUCUUAUUCACAAAAGGUCUCCAAAGAUUCCUCAAAAUCCGGAUGUGUAACUAGAAAAUAGUUUUUGCGGCACUUUUGUGUCGUUAUGACAUGUAAAGAAUUCCAUUUGGCAUAAAAAUGUAUUCUGUGGUCACAAGAAGUAGGGGAGCUGCAGGAAAAACGGCAACAGUAACGGCCAAUAGCAGCAGUGCAAUGACAACACAGCUAAGUAAUAACAGCAAUUUGGAGGCAACAGCAACGACAACAUCAUCAUCAUCGACAGCAACUGCAACGAAUGCGGCGGCAUUGGCUGGUACUUGCACUUUUCCCACCAGCAAUAGCUCGAAUGCCAUGCCGCAGCAACAAGAAGAAGAUUAUUACCAAACAGUGCAGCAUCCACAACAGCAGCAACAGCAACAGUAUGCUGCAGCAACAGCAUCUCAACAAUUUCAAAAACUUAAUAAUUAUUAUCAUCCGCCUCCUGCAGCAACGGGUUUAGCAACAUUUAACGGAAAUUCAAAUUUAGAAAAUGGUUCUGCUAGCAACAACAUCAACAUCAACAACAACAACAACAAUAUCAAUUCAAAUUAUAACAACGGUAAUUCAAGUAUUCCAACAUUCUCCAACAAAAUGAACCAUCAUGGCUCCACAACACCGACGACAACGUCAUCAUCUCCGGUGAUUGUUGGCAAAACGGAUGGUGCUGCUGCCUCCUCGUCAUCCACAUCCACGACGAAUAGUAUUCUAAGUGCUAGUGGGAGCUUAGCUCCGCUUCCAGUUUCCGGUUUUAGCAAUAAAAAGCAACAACAGCAAUUACAUGCUUCCCGGGAGGAUGUAACCACCACCCCGCUAAGUGCUAGUGUUGCCCCCAACAUUGCCCAUAGUCAAACCAAUGCAAAUAGCAACAUUAAACAAACACAGCAGCAACAACAACAGCAACAGCAACAACAUCAGCUUCAACAUCAGCACCAUCAUCUGCAUCAUCAUCAUAAUCCCCCGCCAGUGUUUAGUGGCCAGGCUAUGGCCAACGGAGGUGGUAGCAGCAGCAACAACAGCACCAGUAGCCAACAUAAUCUCAAUAGCAUAUUGAAAGGAAGCAAAGAAAAUCUACUACAAAACAGCUACAGCAAUGGCAGCAUCGGAGGCAGUACAACAGGCAGUGAGACCGGCGGGACUGGUGGUAGUGCCGGUACAGGCAAUAUGCCCGAACAAGAUGAUCCAGGCGAUGGUUUAGGACCUUUGCCACCCAAAUGGGAAACAGCUUACACCGAAAGAGGGGAACUAUAUUUUAUAGACCAUAACACCGGCACCUCUCAUUGGUUGGACCCUAGACUUUCGAAAUUCCAAAAGAAAUCUCUGGAAGAAUGCACAGAGGGUGAACUACCCUAUGGUUGGGAGAAAAUCGAAGAUUCCCUAUAUGGCACCUAUUACAUAGACCAUGUGAAUCGCAAGACCCAAUAUGAAAAUCCAGUUCUGGAAGCUAAGAGAAGAGCUGCGGAACAAAAACAAAACCAACAUCAACAGCAGUUGCAACAAGCAGCCCAGCAACAACAGCGUCCUCAAACUCCCUCCUCGUCUAGUGUUCUUAAUGGAGGCACUGGUGCUAGCAUUGGCCCCAGCUCAGUCUCCUCGGCAUCUACUCUAUCCACGGUGGAUAUAUCGCAAAGGGCAAUGCAACCUCCGCCUCCCAUGGCCCAACAAAUGGCAUCACAAAAUUCCAAUAAACCCAUGUUGCCUUAUAAAUUUACCCGAGAUCCCGGAGAAAUGCAAGGCGAACGUAUUAGCACCACUCUAUUGAAGUCGGCUCGGGGAUUGGGUAUAACCAUAGUGGGUGGUGAUGGCGACGGUCUGGAGGAAUUUUUGCAAAUUAAGUCUAUAGUACCGAAUGGUCCUGCCUGGGUGGAUGGCCAGCUGCAGAUGGGCGAUGUUUUGGUAUAUGUGAAUGAUACCUGUGUUUUGGGUUUUACCCAUCAUGAAAUGGUAAAUGUUUUCCAAUCCAUUAUGGUGGGCGACACCGUAACUCUAGAGGUGUGUCGCGGCUAUCCCUUGCCCUUUGAUCCUAAUGAUCCCAAUACCGAGGUGGUUACCACCAUUGCUGUAGAUUCAAUAUCCAAUGAGCCCGACAAACAAAGGCGCAUGUUAAUGGACCUCAAUAUGGAUGGAAAUUAUAAUUUCUUGGAUAUAUCUGGAGCCAGUGGCAACAGUGGCGGCAAUGGCAACAAACUUAAUUUAAGUACAGGCAGUGCCAUUGACAACAGUGGUUUUAUACUGAUGAAGAAACCCGAAGUGCACACCUUCUCCAUCAUUAAAGGGGCCAUGGGUUUUGGUUUCACCAUAGCCGAUUCAUCCUAUGGCCAAAAAGUGAAAAAGAUUUUGGACCGUUCCUGCUGCAAUCAAUUGCAAGAGGGUGAUAUUCUAUUGGAAAUCAAUGACAAUGUGGUGCGCAAUAAGUCGCAUUUGGAUGUAGUUCAAAUACUAAAGGAUUGUUCCAAAACAGAGCCUACGCUAGUGAAAAUACAAAGACCGGUCAACAAUAGCAGCAGUAGUAUUAGUGCAACGAAUACCACCUCACCCAAUGGAGGUGGGCAAAAUGGAGCUGCUGGUGGUGUCUCCAAGCUGAGAAAGAAUUUUCUGGGUGCCACCACGGGCAUAGGUAAUAAUGCCUUGUUCCGCAGCAAGACUCCCACAGCGGAUCUAUACAGUACCAUGCAAAAGGAAAUCUUGCCCAUUAGGCCCAAGACUCCCUUGGUGGAUACCAGAAGGUCGCGCGUAAAAACUCCCAAUAUGGAGUUAAGUGAAGACAAUGAGGUGGCCGCUGUUAACACCAGCGCCGAAGAAUCUCAAGAAAGAACAUUGGCCGAAAGCAAAAGUCAAUUGAAUGAGGGUAGCAAGUCUCAAAACUCUCUCUCAGAGCUGGAUGCCAUAAAUCAUGACAUUCCCUUUAUGGAUCCAUAUCCAAAGAUGGUCUCUAGUUUAAGCGAACGUUUGGCAAAUGUCACUAUGCAGAAUGAUGGGCAAAAUCAUGCUGUGCAUGGGACGAAUAGCUCAUCGGGCUAUUUAAGGACCACAGCUUCGGGGGUGGCCAACUAUGAAAACCAAAGUGAUUAUGUGAGUGGAGGUAGCGGUAAUUACAGCUCUAUCUAUGGUUUGGCACAAAUGCCUCCCACCAUGAGUCCCUUAAGUGGGGGACUUUAUGGACCGCCAUCGGGCAAUUCUCCGGGUGGUGCUGCAACGAGCCUGGGUUUAAUGGCUCCCACAGCAAGCUCUUAUCAUCACCAUCAUGAGUCUUGUUUUUGUUAUGAGUGUCAGGAUUUUCGCAACAAUCGCCUAAAUGCCCAUCUCCCCCACCCACACCCGCAUGCGCACCAACAGCCACUGCAGCAGCAGCAGCAACAGCAACCUUCACCACGUAGUUUUUAUCCUGGUUUGGGCUACCAUCAUUCCGCUCAACAACACAAUCAUCAGUCACAAUAUUCACCCGCCUCCUCAGCCAGCUUGCAAGCAGUGCACAUGCAAAAUGAACGCAUGCAAAAGUUAUUAAACGAUCGAAGACGUGUGGGAUUCUCACCUUUGGAUCAUCAUCACAACGCCAUGGCAAGCUAUUCGCAAGCAUCGCAACAGCAGCAGCAGCAGCAUCAUAUGAACCACUCUUUGAUGGGGCAACCACAGCAUCAUAUGCAUUCAACUGACAUUGCAAGUCAGUCACAUGCGACCAUGGGUAAUUGGUCUCAUCCCACGGCAGGUUAUAAUAUUUUGCAAACAGCUGGAGGAGCAGCAGCCUCAGGAGGUUAUCUAACCAAUGGUGGUUAUUCAGAAUCUUCAGAUAUUUUAGAUGGUUCUGGAGAGCAGUGCAUACUCUCUGAAGUGACAUUACAACGCCAGGCCUUGGGUUUUGGCUUUCGCAUAGUGGGUGGCACUGAGGAAGGUUCACAGGUUACCGUUGGCCAUAUAGUGCCGGGAGGAGCUGCCGAUAAUGAUCAUCGCAUCACUACGGGAGAUGAAAUUUUGAGUAUUGAUGGCAUUAAUGUGGUUAACUCAUCGCAUCACAAAGUGGUUUCCCUAAUGGGCGAAGCAGCUUUACGUGGUCAAGUAACCAUGAUAUUGAGACGGCGCACCAGACAGGCACAACAGCAUUACACGGCCCCACCAUCGGCACACCAGAUGAUGAUGCCCCCAACACAGGCCAUGUACGGACAAGAUUUAUUGCCGAAUUCAGCGACAACACCAACACAGCAGCUUCAUCUACGUCACAAUGCGGUGCGUUAUCCCUAUGAUGUUAUAGUAACAAGGCAUGAGAAUGAAGGCUUUGGUUUUGUGAUCAUCUCAUCUUCCAAUCAAUAUUAUGGCUCUACCAUAGGCAAACUUAUACCUGCAAGUCCUGCAGAUCGUUGUGGAGAACUAAAAGUGGGCGAUCGCAUUAUUGCUGUGAAUCGCAUCGAUAUUGCCGGCAUGUCUCAUGGCGAUGUGGUCAAUUUGAUUAAAGAAUCUGGUCUGCAUGUGCGCCUAACUAUUGGCUGUCCCAAAGAAGGAGCCAUUAUCAAUGCAGCACCCACAAUGCCAGCAGGCAGUAAUGCAGCAGCUGCAGGAGCAGGAGGUCUAUUAAUAAAUUCGGCACAAGCCUCACCGGGUCAAGUGUCACAGACGCCGCCUACUUCAAAUCUCGCCAGCAGUUUGGACAAUAAUCCACCAUACUUUGAAAGACCACUGCUUAGCAGUGCGGGUUCGCACAAUGGCUCGGCCGCAUCUUCCAGCACUCAUAUGUCAGCAGCUCAGCAGUCACCAAAUCCCUUGCCAAUACCACCACAAUUAUGACUCUGAGAAUUGCGAAUUAAACUCUUAAAGAGUUUUCUCUAGCAAAGCGCCAAUAAUCUCAAUCAGCCACCCACCUCCAAUGAACUUCCCCAAACCAAAUGGCCCAAUUUCCAAACACCAUUUUGAACCAUAUUUUAGCCUUGGAGUCCUUGAAUGUAAAUAAUUUUGCGUUUCGUAAAAUAAGAACCAUUCUUAAGUAGAGGAAAAUCUCUAAAAAAAACUAAAACUUUGUUUUGAAAUAAUAUGAGAGCCAUACUUAGGAAUCAGCCUAUCGAAAUGCUUCUAUGUUAAUAUUUUUUCUUUUAUAAUCUCAUAAGUAUUUGUAGUUUUGUCACCUAUAGAGACCUUCCCUUAUCCAAAGACUGAUGACUAUUUUUUUUUUGUAAUGUAAAGAUUGUUAAACGAACCCAUAUAUAAAUCACACACACACACACACAAAUUACAAUUCUAAAAUAUUUAUAAAAACACACAUACACAAUUAAAAACAACACCAUACAUUCUGAUGCACAGUAUCACAUUUCACAAUUAAAUUAUUUUUCCAACAAAUAAAGAAAAAUAAACGUAUUUCUAACAUAUCAAAAACGAACGAACGAACAGCAUA